AUGAUUUGUUUUGUUACAGGAGGUCGAGUUAAAACAGAUUGUACAAAGUUCAGAAGUACAUCCUGUCUGUCCUGUAUUGAUGGAAGCUUCAUGGAUGAACCAACAGCACGUAGACAGUGCUUCCUCUGUACAAACUGUGAUUCAGGUUCUGGUUUGAGGAUAAAGACAUCAUGCACAACAUUAUCAAAUACAGUUUGUGAACCUCUGGAUGGAUUCUAUUGUACAGACUCUGAUAAAGACAACAAACACAACUGUAUAGCAGCACAGGAACACACAAGCUGUGAACCAGGACAAUAUAUCAGACACAAAGGAACGGCCUUCACAGACACUGAGUGCACUGACUGCAGUAGUGACACAUUUUCAGAUGGGACAUCUACAUCUUGUCAGUCACAUACAAAAUGUGAAUCAUUAAAUCUUCAGCUGAUAAAAGCAGGAACUGCUUCAACUGAUGCAGAAUGUGGAGAACAUAGUUCAAACACAGCAGUAAUUGUGGGCGCUGUCAUUGUGUUUGUUGUGUUACUUAUCACCGGAGCAUCUCUACUUGUAUUUUUCUAUCUCAGAAAAAAAAGUUCUCAAAACUCAGGUAAGAUUUGUAUGAAUUAAAUAAACAUCAUAGUUCUGUAAGAUGAUCAUACUUUUUGUCACAUCAUAAUGUUAUUAAGAUGAUUUACUCAUUGAUAUUUUUUUAAUAUAGAAG